UGAAUCGCAACGUGUGCUAAAUAAGAUAUAAAGAAAAACAUUCAUGGGCUUUUUAAAAAAUAGGUCACAUUUUAUAGUCCCUAAGUUAUAUUAUCACGUGUCAGAAAAACGUAAAAGGCGUUCUCAAAAAAUAUUGUGAUAAUAUAAGAUUGUAACCGUGACCCACGUAUCGUGAACAAGUAAUCUUGAGAGGCUCGAACACUUGAAACUAGAAAGCACGCACGAGCUUCUGUUAUCCCAUUACCAGUAGCCCAAAUAAACAUCUAAUUCUUUCCUGCGCGCACCUCUGCAUGCUUCCCCAUCCCUCUCCCGCAAAUGAUUCCCUCUCCCUCCUACACAGUUCGGGCUUGGAGCGUUUCGCUGUGAGCUCCUAGUUUCGUCCGCGGGCUCGCGGUGUGAGGACGUGUCCCUGCUAGCCGGUCUCCCGUCGAUACGAUACAGGCGUGUUUUCACCGGGAUAUUAAUGAAAAUUUGAUGAAAACUCCGUUUUAACGGCACCGUACAUCGUUAUACGGGCAUAGACUGUGUAUCUAAUUAAACUUUAUGUGGAACAAGGAUUUGAGUGUAUAAUGUAACCGUAACAAACACGGUGAGUGCAACGUUUUCAGUGCCAAUUUCAGGUACAAAAGUGAAAUGUUGUGACAUCAACCGCAAUGCCAUAGUGUUGUGACAGUGUCGAUAUCCGGUAUCGAUAUGGCCCGGUUACUAGUGUUGUUGCUGGCGCUGGCCGCGGCGGCCGCCGGUGACCCGGACGUGUGUAACCCGGAUAAGAUGACUGUGUAUAAGAUGGUCUUGCACACAUAUUGGACCAGGGAGAAGUUUCCGAAGCAUUACCCGGAUUGGAGACCGCCGGCGCAGUGGUCGAAAGUGUAUGGUGUAUCACACGACAGAUCCUACGUAUUGUUCAGGCUGGGCCGACGAGUGCCGGCCAGUAUCCGUCAGUUUGCCGAAAGCGGGCGCUCGGACGCGCUCGGCUCCGGCCCCGGGACGCUGGACGUGUUUGGAGCACCCGCCGUUGGGCAGGGAGCUGGACGGACUGAAGCUGAGUUCUUCGUCGAUGGAAACCAUUCUAGGGUGUCAGUGAUGGCUCGAAUGAUCCCGUCUCCGGAUUGGUUCAUAGGAGUCGACAGUUUCGAUCUGUGUGUGGAUGGCAAUUGGCUUGACAGCAUCACAAUUGAGGUGGAUCCCUUAGACGCUGGCACAGACAAUGGGUUCACAUUCACCGCACCAAACUGGCCCACUGCACCGCAGGGGGUGGCGUACCGCAUCACCUCCAAGUACCCCUCGCAUCCAGCAGGAUCGUUCUUCUACCCGCAUUUAAGGAGACUACCGCCGAUAGCGACUUUCCAAUUUAUAAAGUUACGAGAAUACGAGCUAUCUGAAGUGUUCCACCGCAACACUGACGAUAGGAGAUACGACGUCUUACAACUGGACAAGAUGAAUCACAACAGUAUUGAUGUGCUGGACGGCAACAGAGCGCUGUCCAUCGCUGAGGAGGUGGAGAGGGCAGAGCAAGCGCCCAGGAUAUACUCCGAAGGGUCCGUGACAACACCUGAUGGGGCUUAUUCGUAUUAUUCUUUGACGAACACCACAUCCAGUACGACUGAGGAGCCUCGUUCAGCCAAUGAGCUACCGACGUCAGGUCCUGCAGCCAGCGAGAGGUCUGCUCUCCGGAGCUUGGCUCGCAGGUACAGGGCGCGGCGUCGACGCAAGCUGCGCGCUGACAACACUGACCCGGCCGAGAGGAGGAAGCGGAAAAGAGCUAGACUGUUAGACUGCCGAGUCUCAGAAUGGGGUGAAUGGAGCCCAUGUCGCAGCGAUGGUGGCUGCGUAGGCUCAGCAGUUCGCACACGCAGGAUAAUCCACCGCCAGAGACCGGGCGGCGCGCCUUGCCCCCCCACCGCGCUCUCCCGGUGGUGCGCGACCAACUGCACCGCGCAGCAGACGCGCGAAGACUGGCGGAAUAACCUUACGUAAUAUGGAAAUUCCGUUUCUUAAUUUGAAUUUAGUUUUUUUUAUUGGUGUCAUGCGUUGGAGUUAACUUUGCAUUUUCUUUAUGACCUUUUUUUGAUUAAUAAAUGAUUUUUAAAUAUUUUGUUUAGAGUAUAUUUGGGUAUUUUCUCUCAUUAAAUUUUGAUUAUGACCUAUCAAUACAAUUUUUUUUUCCUUUUCCAAAAGGUUAUUCCAAUGCAUGUCGUCUGAUAUUAUUCGUGAGGCACAAUUCUUUAUUAGUGGCCAGAUAUAAAUUAAACACAAUUAUUUAAUCCUUUACACUAUUUAUAAUGACUGUUUAUUAUUUAUUUUGAAUAGCGUCUGUGUCUGUCCGUCCAGUAUAUUUUUUUCGAUUCCAUAUCAUUUCGCAUUUGGAUUUCAUUUCGAGGUAAAGUGGCGUGUAAAAAUUAAAAAAAAUGUAUAAAAUAAAAAUAGUAAGAGAUGACUGUCGAUGUUGGAAAAUAAUAGAUAGAAUUCGGUUUAUUGUCGCUGUACCAAAUACGCUUCUUACAAUUUUGUUUGUUGGUCAAUUACUGUUAGAAGUGACUAAGAUUAGGGUAAGAGGAGUCACGAGACGCCAUUUGUAUCUGAAUUUAUAAUUUAAAAAGCUUCUGCGUGUAGUCAAAUAAUAAAAAAAAAACAUAGUAUUUUCUUCCAACAUGUAUUAGGAAUCACGCUUCACAAUCUAUAACCAUAUUACAAAAAACUAUUUUUAAAAUAAUAUCUAUUACAGAUUUUUGCUCUAGUACAAAAUGAUAUUGUGUCUUAAGCUAUUGACGGAGUGGAGAAAUAAUAUUAACGUUUCUUUUUUACCAGUUAUCCGAAACAAUUUUCAAUAUUUCUAUUCAUAGUUCCCUGACAAUACUUCGGGAGUUAAUAAUAGUUAAAAAUACAUAUCGUUUACUUAAGUGUUUAACCUUGUGACAGUAAUUCAAUAAAAUGUAGCGAUUAUUUUAGUGUUAAUGGAUCCAAAGAUGCAGCUUUUAUUUUUCAUACAAAUAAGUGUAAAACUUUAAUGUAAAAUAAAAAUGGAUACCCUCGAGUUUCUAGUUUCGAGAUCAUGUUUAUUUUUAUCAGCUAAUAAGUAUUAAAGUAAGUCUAAACUUAGGUAAGUUUAUAUUAGAUAAUCACAAAGCCUUCUGUGAGACUAUGAAGUUCAUUUGAAAAUGUAAUUAAUUUAAUACUCAUUAAAGUUGAAAAUACAAUGCUUAGUAGAUGUUGUAUAGUGCCAUUCAUAGAUGCGAAGACAAAGUGUAAUCGAUUCUGACCUAUCCGAGUUUUAACGAUGUAUCGAUUUCAAUGCUCUCAUUAAUAAUCGGAUUAUUAGAAAUUCGAAUGUAAUAGCUGUUUAGUUACGUCAAUAUAAUCGAGGUUCAAAUCUUAGAAACUCUUUAGCAUCAUGCUUUCUAUGCCAAAGAAGUAAGUAAGACUUAUCGAAGAAAUGAAAUCACACAUUUUUAUUUGCAUUUAACCCAGCUUUUAAUAACAACACUAUUAUAUUGUGUCCAAAAGUAUUUAUUUAUGAAAGUGAAACUGAAAUUAUAAUUUACAGUUGAGUGUGUGAAUUGGUCUUAUUAGACAAACAUUACUUGUCAAAACAUCUAGUUAGUAACGAAAGCUAUAGUUUAAAUGUAAAAUAGAGCCAAAAAUUAAGCUGGAAAUGUUAAACUUAGCAUAAUACUCGGAGUGUGUGUAUUUUUUACAAUGUAAAUUAUUCUGAUUUCAGUAAUAAAACAUCUUGAAUAAAAAGUG